UUAAAAUAGUUUCUUUUAAAUGGUAACAUUACUAUAGUAAGCAAAUAUUUAUCUUUUGGUCGCAACUAUAAAGAUUGUUUAAAUGAUUUUAUGGUAGUAUAAAAUAAUUGAGAAUCAAAGAUUUCAUUUAUAAAGAUAUCUUUCAACUUGACAACAUCAAAUAAUAUAAAAAUAUUCAAACACUUUGUUGACCUUAAAAAAGUAAACAAAAAUGUCUGGCAUGACACUAAAAGAAUAUAAAGAUUCACUUUUACUGUCGAUCAAUGAAACUAAUUUUACUAGACUUGAUGACACCUUUUCUUGUGAGUGUUUAGAAAAAAAAGAAAUAUUUCAAAGUUCUGAAAAAGAAAAUAUACUUUUUGUAUCCAGAACAGUCAUAGAAUGGUGUUCUGAACUAUUUUUCAGACAUUUCAACAAUCUAUCUAAUCAUUCAAGUCAAAAAGAUUUUAUUAAUCGUAUCAACACUUUAUUAAUAAAUGAAAUGGUAGAUAAAAGUAUUCCAAUUGUUAUUGGAGCUUAUUCAAUAAUUUUUACAUUUGGCUAUAAACACAAAAUCAAAUUUGGCACUUCCUUUGAACUUUGUUCAAAAAAGUUUAAUUUAGAACAAAAAAUUCAUUGCUUUAUCAGUAGUUUAAAAGUUGGCAAAAAACCCUACAUUGAAGUUGGUGUACUUUUUGGAUUCUUAGAAGUAAAAAAGUCACCAAAAAGUAUUUUUGAAUUUUAUAUUCUUAUUAAAGAGCAAAUUUCACCAACAAAAAUUUUGAUUCAAGUAAAAGAAUAUCUUUUGUUUUGGAAAGAUGAAGACGUUAAAAGCGUAUUGGAAUACCUCCAAGAUGAUAAAAGUCUAGAGCAAUUCUUUUUGCCUCAUUCAAAGAGUUUACAUUUUUCUGAAAUGUUAAAAUUAUACGAAAAAAUCAACUUUACAUCUUACAUGAAUAACAACUUUGAAAUAAAACACGAAAACAAAAUAUGUCGAAAAGAUCUUUAUUCUGUUGAUCUAUUUCAUAGUCAGUCAAGUGAAGUAACCAAAGAUUGUGCAAAAGGUGAGCAAUUUUUAUUUUUAAAACAGCUUUUGUCUUUGAACUAUAACUGCAGAAAUCCAGAGUCCAUUAAAAAGACUGAAUACAGUGACCAUGAAGCCAAAUUAAACAAUGACGAUUAUAACGAUGACGAUGAUGGUUUUCCAGAACUAUUGGUUAACUCGUUUGCAAAUAAAAUGCAUGAUAAAAAAAAAAGUAAUGCCGAUUUAGUAUAUGAAGUUUUCUCAGUAUGUGACAACUUUCUUCUUCAAGAUGUGUAUGAAAAAAUGACGUUGUGUCAGUUAGCAGUUCCAAUUGUAAGUCCACGAAAAGGAAUAAACGUGUUUCACUUGUGGGCAACACGAACUGUUAAAAAAAUAUGGGUAACAUAUUCAUCUCAAAAUGAAAUUCAAAAUCAUGAAAAGUUUAUAACAAAACAAAAUAUGGCAACUAUUACUUUCUGCAGAAUAGGUUCUACUCGUGUUUCAAAGUCCAAAGUUGCAAAUUUAUUUUUAUCUUCUGCUCAAGGAUGGCAAGAACAUUCUUAUUUUAUUAACAGAGAUAUUGACUCGAAGUCAAAACUUAACCGGGGAUGCAUUGAAUUAUGCUGGUAUUGUCCUGAUGGAAGAAAACAAGAAUGUUUAAAAGAUAUUCACUGCAUUUAUAAUCUGAGAGGAAAUGCGUUAAAAAAUAAUGAACAGUUUCAGUUUUUAUUAAAUGUUUCUUCUGUAAUUAUAAUCAUUGUUGAAAAAAGUUUAGAACAGAAUGUAAAAAAAUUAAUUAAUUUAAUGGAUGGGUUUAUUGUUGUCGUAGAUCUGUCUCAUUUAAAUUAUAUAAAAAGCAAAAAUGGCAAACGAAUUAUCUUUGGUGCUCUUGGUAUGAAUUUAAAAGAACUCUCCAAAAAUUUGGUUGAACUAAUUUCAUCAUUUAAAUUAAAGGUUAUGAACUUGGAUGAUCAUGCUUCUCAUGCUCUUAAAUUAAAAAUGGAGGUAGAUGAAAAUAAUGAAGCUUGUCAAUUAGGAAAACAAGCUGCUAAUGAUUUUGUUAAUAAACUCAAGCGUUAUAGUAUUAAAUCAUUAAAAGACAGUGUCUUACCUUUACAAGGAAAAGAAUUUUGGAUAAAAUGGGGAGAAAUAGACAAACAAGUAGCUCGACAACAAUUUGUUAAUCCAGAAAAUAUCAUGAACGAUAGCGAUGAGCAACGUACGCGAAAAUUAAAAGUUAGAGAUAGUCAACUCCAAAAAGGAGCAAGCUCUGAAUUAAUAUUUUUUAUGGAGCGAUUGCUUUUGUUUAAAAACACAAUAAUGCAACACUAUUUUAUUGCUUGGUGUCAGUUAAUUUUAAAUGAAAUAUCCGAGACACAUUUGCCUCAAAUACUUAGAGAAUACAAAAGUUCCAAAAAGAGCCUUUCCAAGCUUAUAGAUCAAAUGCCAUCAGAAAGAAACAAUGGCACGGAAACUAUCACUCCGGAAUAUGUCCAAAAGUCAAUUGAUCAAGAAAAUAAUAUAAUAAAAAAAUUAUCAGAAGAUAUUGAUCUUGUAUCUUUUGGAUUUGAACAUAUCUUCAGAGAGUUUAGUCAAGUUUAUGAAAGUUAUUAUGAAAAGUCGGAACGCAUAUCUAGUUGCGUUUCAUUUUUGCCUAAGUUAGUAGCUGACCUAGUUAUAAUGGGAUAUCCGCUAGAGAUUUUGGAUGGGGAUGCCUCCCAUAUUCCUUUUAUUUGGGUAAAGCAGGUGCUAUUUGAAGUUAAAGUAAAACUUGGUAAAGAUGUCAAUGUAUUUGUGCUUUCUGUUUUGGGUAUCCAAAGCACUGGAAAAUCAACUCUUUUGAACACAAUGUUUGGAACAAAGUUUGCAGUAUCUUCUGGACGGUGUACAAAAGGUGUGCAUAUUCAGCUAAUCCCAGUUUCAAGCAAUAUGUGUAAAAUACUUAACUGUGACUACUUUAUUGUAAUGGAUUCUGAAGGACUAAGACCUCCCGAAAAAAAUGAUUCUUUUAAGCAAGAUAACGAAAUAGCUACUCUUAUUGCAUGUCUUUCAAAUACAACUAUUAUAAACUUUAUGGGACAAACAAUUAGCAAAGAGAUGUCUGACAUAUUAGAAAUUGCUUUACACGCCUACAUUCGUAUGAAUAAAGUUCAGAUUAAAUCGUCUUGCCACAUGGUUUUUGCAUGCACAUCAGAUGUCACUGCAAAAGAUAAAAACACGCUUGGAGUAUAUCAAGUUUUUAAAGAGUUAAACACAUUAAUUAAAAAAAUUGCCAUCGAAGAAGGUAGAGAUGAUUUGUUUGGCGGUCUACAUUUUGUAUUUCCUUUGAUUCAGGAACAGUUUGACAAGCUAAAUUUAACACAAAAAUUAAAUUAUCCAGAACAUCUACCCAACCUUUGGAAAGGAUAUAUGAGCCCACCUGAAUCAACAUAUGGAGAAAUUCUUCUUGAAUUAAGAGACUCUAUUUGUAACGGUAUGAUGAAAAAUUAUAAAAGUAUAAUAAAAUGUCAACCACUGACAGAGUUUAUACUCAGACUUAAUGAUUUAUGGAAUGCAAUAAAACAAGAAAAUUUUGUCUUUGGUUUUAAAAACAAUCAGGCAAUUCAGCUGUUUAAAAAAUUACAAUUGUUUUAUGAAAAUAAAAUUUCUAUAUUAAAAAAAGAAAUCUAUGAAGAAUCAUAUUGUUUAGGCAAUGAAGUGCUCCAUCAACUUGAUCCGUUGAAGAAAAAGGAUGAAUUAACAAAAUUUUUAAUAAAAUUUAACAAAUUAAAUCUAAAAUUUAGCUACUGCAAAGGAAAUGUAAAAAAAGAGCUAGAAGAAUAUGCAUGGAGUAUGUCAGAUGCUGAAACGGCUCUAUCUUUUUUGACCGUAUUUUUAUUUGACAUGGAAAAAAAAGUAAACACAUAUAUUGAUACAGUUAAAACUAAUAUCGAAAAUAAGGUAAAAGAGAGUUGCAUAAAAGAAAAAAAAGCUUUUAAAAAAAGAGAAGACUUUAAAAAGAAAUGUUUGAUAAAAGCUAGAGAAGUUGCAAGAAAAAUUAAUAUUUUGGCCAAUAAACCAAGCUUUGAUGCAAGUGUCAUCAAAAUGAACUUUAAAACCAUUUUCAAAACUUGGAUUGAGGAAGCUAGGCUUGAGGAUGAAAAAAACAAUAAACCUGUAGAUUCACUUAUAAGUGAAUUAUGGAAUAAAUUGAUAGAAUGUUUUUUAGAUCAGCCAAUUUUCUUUAACAUGAAUCCAUCAAAUAUUAACAACGAUAUCAAAGAAAGUUUAGAUUUUAUUAAAAACUUAUAUAGAAAAGAAAAUUUUUUCGAGUAUGUUCGUAACGAACCAAUAAAACUAGUCCAUUAUAACAACGCUUACUCGCUUUUUAUUAACGAAACUGAAGCUUAUAAGAAAGCAAUACCAAAACGUGAUAAAGUUAUAGAGGAAACUAAAGCUAUUUUAAAUGAUUUUAAAGUUGAGAUGUUUCCUAACUAUGUUUUCGUUAUAUCUAAAAUUUUGGAUUCGGCAUUGAAAAAUCUUUCUGGUGUUGUACAUACUAAUUUUGAGUUUGAUAAAAAUUUUAAAAUACGUUUUUUAACAAAAUUAUUUGCCGUUUCCGUAAAUGAGAUUGCUUAUUUUGAAGAAGAGCAGCUUCGAAAAAACUCACUUAGUAUUUAUUUACAAAGCAAAGAAGACAACUUGUUUAAAGAAUUUGAAGAUGAAUGCUUAACUGUUAACAGUGAUGUUUGCCAAGGAGUCAGAUUUAUCAAGGAUAUACUCUGCCCAAUUAUCAUUGAAGAAAUAAAACUAAAAGUUGGAUUCACAGUCGUAAGUGAAAUGAAAAAGAAAAAAAUGUUCAGUAAUAAAGAAAUUAUGCUUUACUACCUUCAUGAAGAAUUUCUGAACGCACCCUUUAUUCAGAUAAUGAGCUAUCUUAAAGACUACAAUAGCUAUAUCAGUUCAUGGAUUGAAAAAAAGGUUUUGAACUACUGUCUUCAUAAGGAGUUUCUUAAAAAUUGCAUUACAGACAAAAUUACAUUUACCAUUAACUGCUUUUCGAAAGCUUUAAAGAGUAUUUCAGAUAAUUAUCAACAGAUGGAUUUAACUUCUUGGUGAAAAAAAAUUGAUGAAAAUUUUAAAAAAGAAAAUUACAGUUAUCAGUAUUGUUUGAAGGAUGUGGCUAAUGUGCUACAGAAUAUAACAGAUUUUAAAUUUUUAUCUGGCUAUAUUGCUGAUAAACUUUAGGAAUAUAAAUCAACAAUUUUUGACCUUGUCAUUCAUGCUGCUACAGAAAAGGAAAGUUUAAAAUUUACUGAGCCUGAUGUUCUUUAUAAAGUACUUAAGUGGUUCGUUUGUAAUCCAAUCAUUGAUUUAAAAGAAGAAAGGAUUGGUUGUACAGCUCAAUGCCCUAUGUGUAGAGCAGUCUGUGUACAAAGUAUUUCUUGCCUCAUUAGUGACGAUUAUACAUUUAAACAUAGAACUGAACUUCACAUGCCACUGAUUGCAUAAGAAAUGGGCAAAGCAAAAAAUUUAUCACCAACAAAACGGGCACAGAUUGUCGCGUACAGCCGAGCUGGGCGAAGCGAAAGAAAGAUUGCAGCAUUGUUAAAGACUUCUAAAACUGCUGUAAACAGUGCAAUAAAAUGUUUCAAUGAAACAAAAUUGUUCACUGACAAGCAGAGAACACGGCCAAAGAAGACCACCCCAAAAGAAAAUCGAAGCAUUCGCAGAAUAGUUACGAACAAUCCAUUUAUUAGUUCAGCGACUAUUCGGAAAAUGCUCAUCGAUGUCAGCAAUGUAAAUAUUUCUUCCAGAACUAUAAGAAAUAGGUUGAUAGAAUGUGGCCUCAAGUCCUAUCGUCCAGCAAAGAAACCAAGAUUGACACCAGAAAUGAAAGAAAAAUGAUUGAAGUUUGCUCUGAAAUAUCGAGAUUGGACAGAGGAAAAUUGGAUGAAGGUUCUCCGGUCAGAUGAAUCUACCUUUGAUCAGUUUGGAAUAACUGCAAAACAAGUUAGAAGACCAAGCCGAAAACCUUCUGAUGACAAAUAUACUUUGAAAACGAUGAAACAUCCACCGUCUGUUAUGAUUUGGGGUUGUUUCAGUGGAAAUGGUCGUGGUGCGAUAGAGUUUUUAGUAAUGGGAAAACGCAUGAAUGCUGCCAGAUAUUUGCGUAUCUUAAAAUCAAAACUACCCAACUUUUUGAUAAUCUUGCAAUGCACUCACUUUAUGCAGGACUCUGCUUCAUUCCAUACAGCUAAGGUAUGUAAGAAAUGGUUUCAGGAGAGUCGAAUUGACGUGUUAGAUUGGCCCGGCAAUUCACGCGACCUUAACCCGAUAGAGAAUUUUUGGAACAUGAUAAAAAUUCGAGUAUCAUAAAAGCAGCCUGGAAGCCUUACUGACUUAAAAGAAGUUAUUAAAAAAGUGUGGGUGACAGAAAUAACCCCUGAAGUGUGCAGGAAUUAUGCUACUUCAAUGAAGAAACGUUUGGCAGCUGUCAUUGCGAACAAGGGCGGUUCAGCAAAAUACUUGUGUUUUGAUAUUGUUUUGUACUUUUUAUAAUUUUGGUUCUAUAACUUGGUGCUACUUUUGAUUUUAGCUGAUGUGGACAUUAUUUUAAUGCAUUCAUUUUUUAUUUUUAAACCAAUUUUUUUGUACUGUAAUAAUUUUUUCAUUAAAUU